AUGUUUUACGGUUUUGGACAAAUGGUUGCAACGCCAUCAGGGAAUUCUUCAUCACUUUCAUCCACUACUACUGGUACACAACAAAUGUUGCAGCAACAAAUAACGACGAAUCAUCAAAUUGCUAGUACAACUACUACAUCAGUACCAACAAAUACUAAUAUAUCUCGGCCGUCAGGACCAAGCAGUAUCGAAAGUGCUCCCCCUCCAACACCAACAAUUGCAGCUCCAGCUCCUCCUGCUCCACCGAAGCGUCGCCAGAUUUAUCGUUUUACCUCAAGUCGACCACUUUUUGCAGCCGGUUGGUCUAGUAAAACUGAUUCAGAGGGUCGAUGGCGCAUUGCGGUUGGUAGUGUUGUGGAGGAUAAACCUCAUAAUAAUAGGGUAUCAGUCAUACAAUUGGAUGAGCAACAAGGUGAGCUUGUGGAAAGGCUUUCAUUUGAGCAUACAUUUCCUCCUAACUGUAUUCAGUGGAUCCCAGAUAUGAUGGAUUCCUAUCCCGAUCUUUUGGCAACCAGUGCAGAAUGCUUGAAAAUUUAUCGAGUAGAGCCAAAUUCUGUAAUGAUGGAAUGCAUUCUAAAUAAUAAGCAAGCAUCAAAUUAUUCGGGACCGUUAACGAAUUUCGAUUGGAAUGAUAUUGAUCCAACUUUGAUUGGUACUUCGUCAAUUGAUAUGAGUUGCACCAUAUGGCAACUUGAAACGGGACAGGCACUUGCUCAGACUAAAAAAACUAAUGGCAGUGUCAAGACGCAGUUGAUAGCUCACGAUAAACCAGUGCAUGAUAUAAAGUUUUCGAGAAUAAAUCGUGGGCGUGAUAAUUUCGCUACUGUCGGUGCGGAUGGAAGUGCUCGAUUAUUUGAUUUACGAAAUUUGCAACACUCUACGAUAGUUUAUGAAGAUCCUCUACGUUCACCAUUAAUGAGACUAGCAUGGAACAAACAAGAGAGUCAUUACUUGGCUACUUUUGCGCAAGAUUCUGCCGAGAUAGUAAUAGUGGAUAUAAGAGUGCCUUGUAAUCCCCUUGCUCGACUUCAUAAUCAUCGCGCUUGCGUAAACGGUAUUGCUUGGGCUCCACAUUCUUCAUGUCACAUAUGCACAGCCGGAGAUGAUCGUCAAGCUUUGAUUUGGGAUAUUUCACCAAUGCCGAGACCAGUUGAAGAUCCAAUAUUAGCCUAUCAAGCUGAAGGAGAGGUAAAUCAAGUGCAUUGGUCAGCUUCUCAGAUAGACUGGAUUUGUAUUUGUUUUGGAAAAUGUUUGGAAAUUCUCCGAGUUUGA